CUAUUAGAAGCCAUUAUAAUCUUGGCAUUUCGAAGUUUACAAAUGGAGAUCUCACAAUGACCAAAGUCAAUCAUAAAAUCUAUCCUGUGGCAGUUAUCACUGAAAAAGUACACCAUAGUAUCAUAAACAGCUUGCAUUUGAUAGCUUCAAAAAGCAACGUUAAAAUUGAUUACAAUUUCAAAGAAAGAUUUUUUGAGAUCACAGCAGAAAACGAAGAAGACUGUGAUCAAGCUAAUGAACUCAUUUGUUCAAGACUGCUUCCCCUGUUGAAUGAAUACGUUGACGCAUUCAGCUUGACAGGAACCUUUGAGAACCUAGAUCUUCUCAACAAAACUUAUCAAGGACCUGCCACUGAUAAACAACGCGGCGACAUAAUACAUGGAAAGCCUUUGGAAAUGCAUCUGAAGGAAUUAGAAAUGGACAUGGAUAAUUCUGAAGAAGAUUUAUUGAAAUUUGAAUCGGGCGAACUCGAACAAGAGCAUAUCUUUACCAUUGAACCCAAAGUUCAUGAUAUUGAGGAUAUUCUUAUUGGACCCCCUCAGUUCAAUAUGUUGAAUGCUGAAUACAUUAAUUUAAUCCCAAUGGAGACGGGAGCCGAUUGUGCGGUAAUAUCAAAUAGAAGUAUUUCCAUUACUGGUAAUGCUUCAUCCGUUGCUGCUGCAUUGAAGAUGCUCCAAGUAGUUCAAAAAACUUAUUUAGGACAAAAAUAUGUGAAAUCAUUUACUUGUGUAAAUACCAGCAAGAAAUCUCAUUUCGGGUUAUAUUAUUGUAACCUUUCGACAUACAAAAAGCUGGCGUAUCUACCUCAAACCUUGGCUGAUCACCUAUUAGACUAUCAAUAUGUAUUGUUAGCUGUGCCAGUUGAUCACUUUUGUGAAUAUGGUAUACCAAAGGAUUUGUUAAUUGAAGAUACGCUAAGUGUUUCCAAGCAUAGAGCUAUACAAAAAUUGAAGCAAAGCAGCAGGGGUGAUUUCUCGAAAACAUAUUUCUUUUCUCGAGAUCAACCUAUUUCGCUGGACGAUUAUAACUACAAACAUAUUAGCCGUGUUUUAAGAGAAGCUAUUGAAUCUGUUAAGGGGUUUAAAGGACUAAUUACACUUUCCGCAAAACUUGGUAAAAUUUUAUGGUCAUCGCCAGUGGCCGAUAUACAAGAAAAAGUUUGGCAUUUUAUGGAUAUAGAAACUGUUUUGAGGGAUCAAUUCGAAGCUAGACCACGGAUUACUGACAUGCUAACAUCUGAUGAUGCUAUCAUAACGGUUGUUUGGAAAGCCCUCUUUGAUGAUAUAACAGACAAUAUCAAAACUACGGCCCAUUCGACUUAUGAGUUUCACUGCCUGGCAAGAAAUCGACCCAAAGCUGCUUACACAAAAACAAUAAUGACAAUGAAGGAAGGUUGCUUUUGGUUUGAAAAAGUCAUCAUUAACGAUAAGAAUUCGGCAGUGAUUAAUAGUGUCUGCUUGGAGAAGAUUUUCGAUUAUCAGAUCCAGCUAAACACACAAAUGCUUACUCGUACAGAUGUUAAACCAUUCAGAACUUUCGCAAGGACAAUUUCCUUUUGCCCUGUAUCAAGCACUAUGAAGUUCUCUAAUGUACCUCAUUUCUUAAUGGUCAACAGUUUACUUUUAAAAAAGGUCAAAAGUAUUAAGAGUAGCAGUUUCAGUCCCUUCAUUAUCGACAUUAUCCGUACUGAAAAAGUGCCACUAAAGAGUGUCCCCGGUGUCGGAAUUGUGGCCUCUCUUGGUCAAGCAGAAGAGGUCGCAUACGAUAUCGUUAUACGUAACGAUGAACUCAAUUCCAUUUUCAAGACUAACUUAGAAUUAGGCUUCUGCGAAGAAGCUUUAUGGAAUGUCAAUGAUAUUCUAGGCCUGAACUCUGAGAAAGAUGAUGUUAUUAAAGCUUACCUGUCCAUUUUAAACAAAAUAACUGACAAGAUCGAUAAAGCAUUGAAUUCUUAGAUAAUAGCUUAUUUAAAACAUUUUUAUACUAAUAUACUUGUUCCGAUAGAUGGAGCCUUUGUAUGUUACAAUUUAUCUACCAUUAAAAUCAUUUGCUGCCAUUUGCCACUCCUGUGUAUAAUAAAACUUACAGCAACUCCUGUUCCAUUAUCGCCGUCCUUUAAGCCAAAAUGCUGUCACUACUAGAUUUCCAGUUGUCGUAUACUUCAAGUAUAUUAUCUGAUUCGCAUUGACUAAACUGCUCACAAAGCUUUGACUGA